UAAGGACCAAAUGGCUAUUAUCCCUAUUGUAAACGUAAAAGAUAAGAUUAGCGAGAGGUUUUUUCUUUUUCCCUUUUUUAUUUGAUUUUUUUCUUUUCUUUUUCGGAAUGAGUUAUUUUAUGUGGAGAUUUUUUUGUUUGGGGAAUGUGGAGAUUGCACUUUUUACUUUUUGUUUACGUGGUAUAACCUACUCUUUUGAAAUUGAGUCCUGGCGCCAUUUCAACUCCUCCUUCCAUCACAUCACAACCAACCCAAGAUAAAAUUCAAUAUCUCCAAAACCCUAACCCAUUUUGAACCAAAACUGCAACAUUGGAAUGAAUGAUUUCUUGAAGAGCUAACAUUGGAAAAGACCCAAAACCCUAGGUUUAACAAGUCUUGUUGGCUUGAAUUGAAGAAACAAACAUGGAGUAUCAAAAGAAAGUGGGAUGUCCUGAAAACGAAGAGUUAGCAUUAUAUCUGUGGAACAAGAAGGAAGAAAUGGCUCAAAGCCCUAAAGGGAUUUCGGAUAAUAUCUUAAAGACUCUUCAUAAAGCCUAUACUAAUCUCUGCAAGUCCAAAACCCCUAUUAAGACUCUCAAAGAGUUUAAUGAGAUCAAGGGUGUUGGAAAAUGGUUGUUGAGGCUAAUGAAAGGCUUUUUUGAAGCUGAUGGUGGUGGUGCUUCGUCAUCUGAUGAGACUGAUGACUCCACUGACAAAGGGAAGAGAAAUAAGGAAACAAGGCGUUACAUGCCUCAGAAGAAUUCUGUGGCCUAUGCCUUACUGAUUACGCUGUAUAGGAGUACAGCAAACGGUGAAAAAUUUAUGCAUAAGCAGGAGCUUAUUGAUGCUACUGAAGCUAGUGGUCUUUCUCGUGCACCUGUGGGACCCGAGAAAGGGAAAGGAAAACCUGGACAGUUUAGCUCGCCAAGGGACUGGUACAGCGGAUGGAGCUGCAUGGGGAAAUUAAUAAGCAAAGGACUUGUUGCUAAGUCUAGCAACCCUGCUAAGUAUAUGCUGACGGAAGAAGGCAAAGAGAUAGCGCAGGAAUGUCUUUCGAGGUCAGGAAUUGCUGAUUCCAAAGAAAUAAAGGCAUCUUUGAUGGGAUUUUCGAAUUUGAAUAAAAGGGACAUGCCAGACAAGUCUUUGACAACUGGCAACUUAUCAAAUAUGGAAGUUCGACAUAGUACUUCUGUGAGAGAAAGGGCACCACCAUUAUCUCAAUCAACUGACAAAGUGAGAGAAAGGGCUCGAUCAUUAUCUCAAUCGACUGGCAAAAAGAAAAUGAAUGUCAUUCCAUCUGAAUCUCUUGACAGGUUCGUUCAAAUGGGAUUCUCCAAGCAACAAGUAAUUCAGGCUUACUCUGAAGUGUUAGAAACAUCACAGAACAAAGAUAUAUCGUUAAUCUGGCCAUCUGUUCUGUGUCGUCUUCGAGAAGAUCAAGUUUAUGGUCAAGCUGGUAGUACUAGAAUUGAAGAUAGACUAUCCGAGUCUACUUGCAAUGGAGCAGUAAAUAGUGCAAAGCCUUCUUGUCGUGCUGAUUUUGCACAGUGUUCGAAUGCUUUGAGAGCUUGUUCAUCCACUCUUGUUGAUGAGCAAUUACCAUGUCUGGAAACUAGAUCCAAUCUCUUGGCGGUGCCGCCAUUGGCCAAUGGAGAGCAAUUUAAAGAUGUUUAUGAAGUAGUUUUGAUAUUAGAUGAUCGGGAGCAGUUUACUUCUCGAGGGUCACGAUCCAGGAAGAUAGUUGAGAACAUCAGCACACAAUUUAAAAUUAAAAUAGAUGUUAGGCGCUUGCCUGUUGGUGAUGCAAUCUGGAUAGCUCGUAACAAAGUUAUUGAGACUGAGUACGUUCUUGACUUUAUUGUGGAGAGGAAGAACGUUGAAGAUUUGCAAAGUUCAAUCAGGGAUAACCGAUAUAGAGAUCAGAAGCUGCGGCUUUUGGGGUGUGGACUCAAGAAGCUGAUAUAUGUUAUUGAAGGAGAUCCAAAUGCUUGUACUGCUGCCGAAAGCAUCAAAACAGCUUGUUUCACAACCGAGAUCUUGGAGGGCUUUGAUGUGCAAAGAACAAGUGGUUUGGGAGAGACAUUGAGAAAGUACGGCUAUCUUACUCAAGCAAUCAAUCAGUACUACCGAUGCAUGGAUAAUGACCGGUCUAAUACCAGGAUUUGCCCCCGGUUUAAAGAAUUUAUUAGGAAAUGUGAAGAUCUCGAUAAAAUGACUGUUAGCGAUGUGUUUGCCAUCCAACUCAUGCAGGUCCCUCAGGUGACAGAGGAAGUUGCUAUUGCUGUUCUUGAUGUGUAUCCAACACUUUCAUCUCUUGCUCGCGCUUACUCUCUGCUAGACGGUGAUGUUCGUGCACAAGAGGAAAUGCUCAAGGAGCAGAGCAACAACUUAGUGAAUGCAGCUGCUAGCAAAAACAUUUUUCAACUGAUUUGGGGCAGUUAAUUUCUAUCAUUCAAGAUAAUUGAUGGAGAUUUAUGAGAGUAGUUGAUGCCAGGAAAGUAGAAGAACGCAUUGCAGGAUUUCUAAUAUUUUGUGCAUAUAUACGAAAAUGCCUCAUCUUCUAGCUGAUACCCUUGUAUACAGAUAGAUAAUGGCUACUUUCAAAUUUGGUUAGAUUUGUCAUUCAAGCUAGCAAUUAAUGUGACUUGCUGGGAUCACUACAUUGGUGCUGAUAAAUCAAAGUAGUCCUUAAUAUCAAGGCUUUUCUUGUUCUUACUGCA